GUGCUGAAUAGCCUAGCCCCGUUGCCUGCGGGUGCCACCAGUUUUUAAAAGCAGCCAUGGCCCCUAAGAAGUCUGCCAAGGCCGAUGACGCCCCCAAGGAGGUGGUCAGCCUGGGCCCGACCGUGCGCGAGGGCGAGCAUGUCUUCGGCGUUGCCCACAUUUUUGCCAGCUUUAACGACACCUUCGUUCAUGUGACUGACUUGUCUGGCCGGGAAACCAUCUCGCGCGUCACUGGCGGCAUGAAGGUCAAGGCCGACCGCGAUGAGUCUUCGCCCUACGCGGCUAUGCUUGCAGCUCAGGAUGUGGCCCAGAAGUGCAAGGAGCUGGGCAUCACCGCGCUGCACAUUAAGCUGCGCGCCACUGGAGGCAACAGGACUAAGACGCCGGGCCCAGGUGCUCAGUCUGCCCUGCGCGCUCUGGCCCGUGCGGGCAUGAAGAUUGGCCGCAUUGAGGACGUGACGCCGAUCCCCACGGACAGCACCCGCCGGAAGGGUGGUCGCCGCGGUCGCCGCCUGUAAAGCAGCGGUCCAGGAGCUGGAGAGCCCUCCCUGCUGCAGCGGCGUUGGCGGCAGCAGCAGCGGCAGUUGGAGAGCGAGCAGCAAGUGCAUCUGGGGCGGCGCGAUGGGAGGCCGCGUCUAUGUCGGCAGCGCUUUUGCUGCGACUGCUGUCCAGUCGCCUUCGUCGUCGUUGUGUGCCGCUUUUCGUAGCGUUUCUGUAACGUGAAAAGGGGUGUCACUGCGGCUGCUGCUGAUCACUCAUGGCCUCUGCUCUCGGUUCCUGGGCGGGGUUGGGGGUGAUGUAAAUGUCGCCAAAGGGCAGCUGUAGGAGAAAACAAGGUUUGGUGUCCCGUGUUCUAUCAGCCUGUUCUGGCGGGGGUUGCUGGUAACUACAUGCCAUCAAACAAUACAAGAAGCGGCGCUCCGCUUCUCGGUUUGUGCAAAGUUUACAGUCUGCAGGGUCUUGGUCAACAGUUGUUCCUGCCGUUAACGAUCCAUGUCCUGGGGG